CCCGAGUCGAUUGACCGACUACCAGGGCGCAGGGCUCACCGUCCACCCGCGUAAACGCACCGCCGCAGCCCAACAACCAGUUCUUCGCGUGCCCGGAGCCAACGAGGCCGCCGCAGCUCUCUGAGAGCCCACUUGGCCAGAUGGCGGAACCGCUCGUCCUCCUCAACUACGCCUUCGUGGCCGUAGUUUUCAGCUUGCUGCUCGGCUCCAUCAUCUCGCAGCGCGCCCGCGUGGGCCUCUGCUGGGUCGCGAUCCCCGGCCUCAUAGCGUGCGUAGGGACCAAGCUCUUACGUACCUACGACACGGUCGACGAGCUGACGUUCUACGCCAGCUACCACUCUCAUCCGAUGAACCAAUUGGUGCACAUCGUGUGCGUGCCUCUACUGCUCUUUACAGUAUUCAUUUUCGCGGCCUACGUGCCACCGCCGAUCAAGGCCGCGCCCCAACUCACGUGGCCGCUGCUCGGCGCCUGCGCUUGGUCGCUACACCACGUCCGCGCCGCGCCACUCGUCGGCUCUAUUGUGUCCUGCCUCACGUUCGCGAUGGCGCUCGCGGCCACGGCGAUCGUCGAGCGCGAGAGGCGCACCAGCAAUCGUAGCUUUGUCGAGUUCCACGUCGGCGAUCGAGUGCAUGUUCUCGAACCCGCUAAGUUCGCGGGCAACGUCGGCACCGUUGUGAAGCGCGACGCGACAGAGGGGUCCGUCGUCGUCCGGCUCGAGGGGUCGAAUGUGAGUUUGGAGGCCCUCCACAGCCAGCUUCAAGGGUUCGGCGAGUUCAGGGCGGGCGAUCGAGUGAGAACCCUCGGUGCCGGUACCUACGGCUUCGCCGCUUUUUACGCCGGCCUCGUCCACGUCUUCUGCUGGUACGCCCAAAUCCACCCGGGCCACGGCAUCUACGAAGGCCGGAAGCCCGCCCUGCUCGACAGCGCUCUCCAGUCGUUCCUCGACGCGCCGCUCUUCGUCUGGUACGAGGUCGCGUUCGCCUGCGGCUACGACCCGGCCCUCAAGCAGGAGCUCGACGCCGCCGUCGAAGCGAGACACGCCGCGUGGGACCUCUAGUCGCCCUGUCAAAGACGUGCCGCACCCGCCAUCAUCCUGCCAGUGACGCGCCACGCCGGCCGGGCGCUGCACCACGUUGGGGACAGUAAAAUGUAAGCUAUUGUAAAUAGUUUUAUCCUCGCCGCGCGCGGCGCUCGCGCGCAGGCUCUCUCCUCACAGACGCCAUUGGUGCGACCACACGGCCGCGUUUUUUGGGGGAAGGACACACGGGAGCGCGACGU